UAAGUUGCUUGUCUGAAUAAUUUAGACAUAAGUAUGGAGUCGGUAUAACACGAACUAUCUGUGUUUAAACUCUUUAAGUGGGCUAAACUUUGUUCAAACUUGCUGUAGACUACGGCUAAUCGAUGAGCGAGGAGAAUUACGAAGUGGUUCUGUCUGGCGGAGGGCCGUUUGGAUUUCGCCUUCAAGGAGGGAAAGAAUUCGGCCGAGGCUUGGCGAUACAAUCGAUAACCGCAGGCGGAAAGGCGGACAGUCGUGGAAUAUGCUCCGGAGACAGUUUGUCAGCCAUCAACGGACAGUCCACCGAGGGAAUGACGCAUAUCGAAGCCCAGAAUGCCAUAAAACGAUCGCAAACAUUGAAGCUGAGUCUCAUAAGGAAGCCAGGCAACAUUGCCGUUUCGAUGGGUAAGAAAGACGCGGUUGUCAAAGUUGAUACAACGCAUUCUGCCAAAGUUGAUUACAAGUACAACUCGAAGCCCAAACCAUUCGGUGCUCCGAAAUCUGCUCCAGCUCCCGUGAAAUCUCCCACACCAAAGCCGGCGCCGCCUCCCGUUGAAAAGAAAGAGGAUAAUUUAGAAGAUUCCGAAGUUUUAAAAAUGUUACGUAAUUCCAACCUUUCCGAAGAAUCAACUGGACUGCGUCGUACUGGUCAGGGACGUAAGAUCAGCAUGGGUUCUGACUUCAACGAUGACGACAUGCCACCCCCACCCCCCGAGGCGUUUGAAGAAGAAGAAGAAGCUGGUCCUCAAUCACGGACAUUCCGGAUGCUUGAGAAAAGUAUAAAUUCUGGUGAGGAGCAUCCCAGUGCCCUAAGUCAACCACCUCCUAACCCUCCUAGUUCAACCCGUAUUACCGCGCCUAAACCCUACAAUCCUCCGAGUCACAGCAGACCUCCCCAGACAAUCACAGUUCACACUGGAUCACCACCACGUGCGCCCGCGUACAACAAGCCGGCCAGUUCCUAUGGCGGAGCUCCGGCCCCCGCAGCAUCUCGUCCACCUCCUCAGCCUGCGCCUGCAGCACCACGCCCCAGCGCGCCGGCUCAGAAAAAACCUGGUACUCCAAGUUGCGAACAAUGUGGAGAAGUUAUCCAGGGACCAUUUGUAAGUGCUCUUGGUCGCAACUGGCAUCCCGAACACUUCUGCUGUGGUGGAUGUCAACGGUCCUUACAGAACGUUGGAUUUGUCGAAGAGGGCGGGCUUAUGUACUGCGAAAGCUGCUAUAAUCAAAGGUUUGCUCCAAAGUGUGCUUCGUGUAAUCAGCCAAUUAUUGGGGUAAGUGUAAAAGCAUUAGGAAAGGUCUACCAUCAAGAGCACUUCACGUGCACUCACUGUGGGAAGCAGUUAGCAGGUGAAGGUUUUCACGUGGAAAAUGGUGACCCAUAUUGCAGUCAAGAUUAUAAAGAAUUAUUCUGCGUGAAAUGCUAUUCUUGUAAACAGAUCAUCAGGGCCGGUGAUCGCUGGAUGGAGGCUAUCAAUCAGAAAUGGCAUGCUGACUGCUUUAGGUGUAUGACUUGUGGAAUAGUUCUUGAAAAUACUGGCUUUUACAGCGCGGGCAAUCGCGUAUUCUGCCCAGAUCACUCGUAAUGAAACGAGCUGCUCUGAAAUACUGAGACUUCAACUGAAUGAAGAGACAUUUCAAAGUUGUGGAGGAGAGACCACUCAAUGAAAGUAGUGGUGGAAAUUUAGGUUUAGAAUUAUUUAAGUUGUUAUCUAUUGUUGAACAUGAUCUUAGAAGGUUGUGUGUAAGUCAGUGAGAAUAAUUUUGUAUUUGGUUGUAUAGGUUUUUAAUUAAUGCCAUUGUGAAAAUAUAUUUUGCUUGGUUUUUC